AUCCGAAAACCAGUGAUAUCGAUAUCACAUCGAGUUAAACGUGUAUUGGAGUUGGAUCCCUCAAGAAUUUCAGGAUUUUAACCGUCAAUUAUCUGCUUUUGGACCUCAAUCUACGAGACUCGAGAUGAAUAAUCAAUUUGACAUGUUGAAAGAUGACGACAGUGGAGAAGAGCGAGAGGAAGUACAAAUAGAACCGUCGCUAAACAAGGAUGACAUUGAAGACCCACAUCAAAUAGAAUGGCCCACAGUGAAAUGCAAACAGGGCGAGCAUCAGCUUCAGUAUUCAUACUGCGUCUGGUUUUCAAGACGUACUCCAGGCAACAAAGCAUCAUCAGCAAACUAUGAACAGAACAUCAAAAUAAUUGGCUCAUUUGCUUCAGUAGAACAAUUCUGGACCUUGUACAGCCAUAUAGCAAGGCCAUGUGAUCUCACAAGUAGUAGUGACUAUCAUCUUUUCAAACAUGGAAUCAAACCCAUGUGGGAGGAUGAAGCGAACAAGAAAGGCGGGAAAUGGAUUGUUCGGCUACGGAAGGGGCUAGCUUCACGUCUCUGGGAGAAUCUUGUUAUUGCCAUGCUUGGAGAACAGUUCAUGGUCGGAGAGGAGAUAUGUGGUGCUGUCGUGUCGGUUAGAUUCGCCGAGGACAUCAUCUCAAUAUGGAAUCGCACAGCCAGCGACAACAGUAUCAACAUUAGAGUACGAGACACAUUACAAAGAGUGUUAAACCUUCCGCCAAACACCAUCAUGGAAUAUAAGACACACACAGAUAGUUUGAAGGAUAGAUCUAGCUUUAGGAAUACCGAUGUCUUCAUGAGGUAGGAGAUACUCACACCCAUCCUCACCCAGACCAUCCUGACUUCUUGAAAGUGAACUGGUUAAGAACAUAUGGUAGAAGAUGUUACCCUUCCAUUGAACACUAACAAUACCACAAACAAUCGAUGGAUAGGCAAGGAUUCCCAUGGAGAUUGGAAUUUUUUUAAAGGAUGUUGCCUGUCAGUUCAGCUAACGAUCCCAGAGACUCCUGUCAGUGGACAGCCAAGGAUUCCCAUGAAAGGCACACCAGUUAUUAACUCUUUGGUUGCUUUCUUCGCCUGUUUGUAUGGUCGCACAUUUGCCACAUGUGCAAUUUCGCACAAAACAACAGGCACCAAUCAACGGAAGUAUCGCUUCGUUCGUUCAACAAAACGGCUUUUCAGUCUUGAUUAGCUCCAUGACAACCCUGUCGUCAAACUGCUGGAAACAGCUGUUGGUCCAUCCAUCCCAUGAUAAAUAAAUGAUCGUGCAGGGAGAUUAAUUGUACAGCAGUUAAAGAUGAACCCCUUUAGAUGACACUACCCUUUAUUUGAACUCUACAACGAUCCCAAGUACUCGUAAGAAUCAGUGGAUCGCGUUUAAAGAAUUCUCAUUGAAAGUGAUCUGGUUAUAAACAAAUAGGCCCAAAUUCACAAAGGAGGUUUGUCGACAAACCUAGGUUUAU